UGUCUCCUGCAACCUUUUCCCUGCCUGUCUCCUGCCGCCUUUCCACUGCCUGUCUUCUGCCACCUCCUUGCCUGUCUUCUGCCACCUUUGCUACACCAUCGGCUGGAUCUGUGAAUCCUGAGGUCACGAAGACUGUACGCCGCAGCUCCAUGAAUGAGGCCAUGAAAUUUCCCUCAGGAGACCCUGUCCCUUCACAACCAAUUCUCACCCUUACACCACUUCAUGGCUGCAGCCAUACUCGUCUGACAACUCAGGACACAUAGAGCACAUGCUCCGUACGGGUUGUGCACAUGACCGGUGUACCGAACAUCAGCUCAUUGUGACUCCACCCACAAUAGCGCUACAUUCUAGAUCAGGCCCACUAUGCAGUACAGCCUUAUGGGGCUGGGUCACAGGAACCUCGGAGACACUGACCAGGACUCUGUGGCUGUGGGCAAAUAGGAGACUUAAUGACCACUCUAUUUUAUAUUUACUAUGUUACAUGUGCAAUAGGUUUUAUGUAUUAUAUUUAUUCCAAGGAACUCCAGCUGUGAGAAACGGAGUCUUUAUUACACAUCACACGUUCUGUAUUCUCUCUGAUUCACAAAGGAUGGACAAGGACAGGAGUCACAGGACUGAAAAGAUAAUAAAUAUCACCCUGGAGAUCAUCUACCUACUGACUGGGGAGGAUUACACAAUAGUGAAGAAGACAUCCAAUGAGUGUGAGAUAACCAGCAGCCAUCCCUGUGUGUCUGGAGGACUGAGUAGAACCCAGAGCCCCAUCACGGUGCCUCCACCUCACUCACUGACACAUGAAAGACACAAUGACCAGAAAAUCCUGAAACUCACCAACAAGAUCAUUCAGUUGCUGACUGGAGAGGAGGGGGAGUAUAUAGAGGAACACAGGGGUCUGUACAAGGACGUGAUGAUGGAGAAUCACCAUCCCCUCACAUCACUGGAUGGGCCCAGUAACAGAGAUACCCCAGAGAGAUGUCCCCGUCCUCUGUAUUCCCAGGACUGUACAGAGGAGAAUCACAGGAUCCCACAGGAGGAUCAGGGUGAAGCCCAAAUAAAUAAUGUUAAAGUCAAAGAUACAGAGGGAGAAGAAGAGACGUAUGUGACUGAUAUACAGGCAGAAGAUAUAGAGGGAGAAGAAGAGACGUAUGUGACUGAUAUGAAGGGAGAAGAUAUAGAGGGAGAAGAAGAGACGUAUGUGACUGAUAUAAAGGCAGAAGAUAUAGAGGGAGAAGAAGAGACGUAUGUGACUGAUAUGAAGGGAGAAGAUAUAGAGGGAGAAGAAGAGACGUAUGUGACUGAAAUAAAGGUAGAAGAUACAGAAGGAGAAGAAGAGACGUAUGUGAGGGGUGAUCAGCAGUGUAAGGAGGAGGAGAUCCCUACAGAUAUCAGCACAGCAGAUGGGCACACAAGCAGGAACAUCUCAGAAGGACAUCUAAUGUUAUCCCUGGAUUCUGAAAUAACCGAUAACGACAGUAGACAGGAUUCUCCAGGAGCUAACCCCAUUACCCCAAUUAUACAUCCAGCUCUAUCAGCUGGUCUCUCUGAUCCUGGGAAAUGUUCUCCUGAUCACUCUGAUAUUGGUGCAUCUGUUACAGCUCUGACUGUAGAUACAGUGUUUCCCUGUUCUAUAUAUGCCAAAUGUUUUACACAGAACACAAAGCGUAUUACCAAUCAGCCAGCUAAGGCAGGUGAGAGGCCAUUUCCAUGUUCUGAGUGUGGGAAAUGUUUUACAUAUAAAUCAUAUCUUGUUAGACAUGAGAGAAGUCACACAGGUGAGAAGCCGUAUUCCUGUUCUGAGUGUGGGAAAUGUUUUGCACUGAAAUCACAUCUUGUUCCACAUCAGAGAAGUCACACAGGUGAGAAGCCAUUUUCCUGUUCUGAGUGUGGGAAAUGUUUUUCAUCGACAUCACAUCUUGUUAUACAUCAGAGAAGUCACACAGGUGAGAUGCCAUUUUCCUGUUCUGAGUGUGGGAAAUGUUUUGCACACAAAUCAUAUUUUGUUAUACAUCAGAGAAGUCACACAGGUGAGAUGCCAUUUUCCUGUUCUGAGUGUGGGAAAUGUUUUUCAUCGACAUCACAUCUUGUUAGACAUCAGAGGAGUCACACAGGUGAGAAGCCAUUUUCCUGUUCUGAGUGUGGGAUAUGUUUUACACAGAAAUCAGCUCUUGUUAUACAUCAGAGAAGUCACACAGGUGAGAAGCCGUAUUCCUGUUCUGAGUGUGGGAAAUGUUUUGCACACAAAUCACAUUUAGUUAUACAUCAGAGAAGUCACACAGGUGAGAAGCCAUUUUCCUGUUCUGAGUGUGGGAAAUGUUUUUCAUCGACAUCACAUCUUGUUAUACAUCAGAGAAGUCAUACAGGUGAGAUGCCAUUUUCCUGUUCUGAGUGUGGGAAAUGUUUUGCACACAAAUCAUAUUUUGUUAUACAUCAGAGAAGUCACGCAGGUGAGAUGCCAUUUUCCUGUUCUGAGUGUGGGAAAUGUUUUUCAUGGACAUCACAUCUUGUUAGACAUCAGAGGAGUCACACAGGUGAGAAGCCAUUUUCCUGUUCUCAGUGUGGGAAAUGUUUUGCACGGAAAUCAGUUCUUGUUAAACAUCAGCGAUUUCACCACACAAGUGAGAAGCCAUUUCCAUGUUCUGAGUGUGGGAAAUGUUUUGCACACAAAUCAGUUCUUGUUAGACAUAACAGAAGUCACACAGGUGAGAAGCCAUUUUCUUGCUCUGAGUGUGGGAAAUGUUUUACACAGAAAUCACAACUUGUUACACAUCAGGGAAGUCACACAGGUGAGAAGGCAUUUUCAUGUUCUGAGUGUGGGAAAUGUUUUACACAGAAAUCACAACUUGUUACACAUCAGAGAAGUCACACAAGUGAAAAGGCAUUUCCAUGUUCUGAGUGUGGGAAAUGUUUUGCACACAAAUCAGUUCUUGUCAGACAUAACAGAAGUCACACAGGUGAGAAACCAUUUCCAUGUUCUGAGUGUGGAAAAUAUUUUGCAGACAAAUCACAUCUUGUUAUACAUCACAGAAGUCACACAGGUGAGAAGCCAUUUUCUUGCUCUGAGUGUGGGAAAUGUUUUACAUGGAAAUCACAACUUGUUACACAUCAGAGAAGUCACACAGGUGAGAAGCCAUUUCCAUGUUCUGAGUGUGGGAAAUGUUUUACACAGAAAUCACAACUUGUUAUACAUCAGAGAAGUCACACAGGUGAGAAGGCAUUUCCAUGUUCUGAGUGUGGGAAAUGUUUUGCACACAAAUCAGUUCUUGUUAGACAUAACAGAAGUCACACAGGUGAGAAGCCAUUUCCAUGUUCUGAGUGUGGAAAAUAUUUUGCACACAAAUCACAUCUUGUUAUACAUAACAGAAGUCACACAGGUGAGAAGCCAUUUUCUUGCUCUGAGUGCGGGAAAUGUUUUGCACUGAAAUCAGAUCUUGUUAGACAUCACAGAAGUCACACAGGUGAGAAGCCAUUUCCAUGUUCUGAGUGCGGGAAAUGU